UACGUGUAGUCCAGUUUACCUCGUGACUAUCCUAGAUACCCUAUCAAGUUUUGCUAGAAAUUAAUGUUUCUAAUUGUUCGACAAAAAAAUUAUGGAAGGAAUAACGAUUAAUCAAGAAAACACGUGGUUUCUUUUUGAACACAAUAACACUUCAGCAAAAAUCGUCACUACUCUUAUCUCAGCUAAUACUCACUCGACAGUAUAGAACUAAGAUGCUCGACAAACUGCAUAUUGUGACGAAUGCGACUGUACACGUUUUGCUAUGUCACCGUAUACGUUGUUUAAAAUAUGUUAUAUGUUUUCUAUCAUCUUCGCUGCUGUGGCCGACAGUAUGGACGCGCAGCCGGAUCUGGUUGAAAAGCCUAAGUUGAACUGCAAUGACCAUCGUCUCGAAACUAGUCAACAUUGCCGUAACGAACCAAAUUCGAUGACCGAAAAUUACUCAAAAACAGAAAUACCUUUAAAUAUUAUUAUGGAACUAAAUGAGUUUACCAGUAACGUAUCGGGUCUGUUCCAUAAGUUUAUGCCAAACGUUAACGUGGAGAAAUUGUUGGGAAACGACGCUGCAAACACAAUUCAAAAUGCCGCAUUGGUGCCUAAAGCUGCAGGGUGUUCCAUCGAAAACAAAACUGUUAGUCUGAAAGAUUCGGACGACCCGAGCCUUUACUAUUCACCACCCUGCACUCGUGUAAACCGUUGCGGAGGCUGCUGUUCUCAUGAACUAUUGGCAUGUCAACCGACCGAAGUGGAAAUGAUAGACUUUCAAGUAACGGUUAUGCAGUACAAUUCGGACGGUGCAUUUCAGGUUAAAGAGAAAAAAACUGUGACCGUGGAACAACACAACAAGUGCAAAUGUGACUGUAUUGUUAAAGAAAAAGAAAGUUUAGCAACUGACUGCAGUUCGUCACAAACUUAUCGCCCUAACGAAUGCAGAUGCGAGUGUACAAACCAUGAAGAUCAAACCAAAUGCGAUGAAGAGGCAGAUGUAAAAAUGUGGAACUCGGACGCUUGCACUUGUCAAUGUCGCGAAGAACAGGAAUGCUCAACGGGGUUUACAUUCGACUACAGCAGCUGCGGGUGCGAACCCGAUACUUAAUGUUAUCAUAACAAAUGGGAACCUCAAAGAGAUCAACGAUUACCAUUAGCCUACAAAUGUUUUUUUUUUUUAGUUCGCACACAUUAAUUUGAAAUAUGUAAAUAUUUUUGAACACCAUCAAAACGAUUUAAACGUGUUUGAAUUUGUGUAAUUAAAUAGUAGUACCUAGCUUAAAGACAAAAAUUCGAGUGAAUUUUACUAACGACACUAACCUACAUUAGGCAAAAUUCAAUUCUGCAUAAAUUUAAUUAUUUCACAUUUCACAUUAAUAUAUUCAUAAAUUUAAACAUAAGUACAUAUAAAUAAUAAAGAGUUACUUACCCAUUUACUAAGUGAAUGUUAAGUAACAUAAUACAUAUCAGUACACUGUA